AUGACCGCGUUCGCGAGCGAACUGCCCUCAUCGCUGCGGCAGCGCAUGAACGACGACCGCGAGAUCUUCAUGUUCACGUCAUGGUCGCGGACGAAUUCGGCGGAUAGCGUGGGACAGUCGCUGGAUUUUGACAUGACGUAUUCCAAGCAAAGUUCUCAGUUCUUUCUGGCGCUCGAAGACAGCGCGCUGAGUGCCGCGUUAGAGGAAUAUGCAGCGGCGCAGCCAGGGGACGAGUUCUGGAAGAGCUUCGAUGCUAGAGAUUGUUCCUGGGAGGAUGUGUAUCUGGAGCUCGAGACCGCAAGGGCUACAUACGACGAAAAGGGUCAGAACAUGAUACGGGGAGUCUUCCGCCACGGCGCAGGGUUCACCAGGAACCUGACCCCAAUGCUGGAUGGUCUUCCCCAAGAUAACGGCCUCGGUUUGAUCAAAGGAGCUCUCAAGGUCGCGGUCCAGAGGCGGUCGAACGCGUGUAAACGCAUCCUCGACAGCUUCGAGCGUAUACCAGACACGAUGACGAAAGCAGAGAGGCUACGCCAAGUCUACUUGGAAGACGAGAACCUGUUCCAGCUCAUCAAGAAACUGAUAGACGAGUUGGUCAAGUGCAUCCCGAAGCUCAUCGGCAUCCUCCUCCGCAAAACGAACGAUUCUGCCUUCAAGAAGAUGCGCAAGACCAUCUUCGAAGACGCCGUCGCCGAGGUCGACGAGCUGCUCCGCCCCCUCGCCCAGGCCGAGGCCCGGCUGGACGAGUGCCGCCGCGAGCUCGACACGCGCGGCAUCGCCGAGACCACGCGGCGCGCGGCGCGCACGCAGUCGGGCGUCGAGUCGCUGCGCCGCGACGUCAAGGCCCUGCGCAAGAGCCACCAGGACCUGCACGAGCUGUUCGAGCUCAAGUUCAACGCCCUCUUCGCCAUGACGCAGGACGGAUACCGGGACCGUGGCGGCGUCGGUGGCGCCGCUGCCUCGCCGUUCCUGAACCUGCACUGCGCGCAGGUCAUCGGCGCGCUCUACGAGUCGUCGUCAUCGGCGGCGGCGGCGGCGGCAGCCACUUACGAGCGGCCGGCGACGCCCAGGGUGUCCAAGGACCAGCUGCUGCGGGUCCUCUGCAGCGGCGAGGUGGAGGAGCGCGCGCACGCGCGGGACCUCGAGGGCGUGUUCCGCAAGGUGCACGACUUUGGCGGCCGGGCGCUCGCGCAGGCCAACUACUUCGUGUCCACGGCGGUGUUCCGCGAGUGGCUCACGCAGGCCGGCGGCGGCCCGGACGCGCUGCUGCUGCUGGACGGGCACUGCGGCGAGCACAGCGUCGGCAAGGUGUCGCCGCUGUCGGUGUCCUGCGCGGGCCUCGUGCGCACGCUGGUCUCGCUCGCGGCGGACGAGAGCGUGUGGGUGCCCGGCCGGCCGGACGUCGUGCUGUCGUUCUUCUGCGGCUUGCACACCUCGGCGCGGGACGGGCUUUCCGGGCCGCUUGGUAUGCUGCGCGGGUUGGUCGUGCAGUUGCUGACGGCUUGGCCGGAGGGGUACCCUCUCGACCUGCGGUUCGUGGAGGAGCCGGGCGUGUGGGACGGCAUCAGUGACUGGAACGUGGGCUUCCUCUGCGACUUGUUCGAGAGCCUGGCCUCGCAACUGCGCCAUCGCUACUCGGUCUACUGCAUCAUCGACGGGAUCUCUGCAUACGAGACGAGCAUCGGCGGUUGGAACAGGCAAGUCAUACAGAUCGUCGGCUGCUUCCUGCGUAUCGCCGCCGCACCGGGCCAGGCUCCCGUCAAGUUCCUGCUGGCGAGCCCGGAGAAGAGCACCACGGUCGCCGAGUACUUUGGCAAGAGCAUACCUCGCCACAUCGACCUCCGGGCGGGCAACUUCCACUCGCAGUCGUUCAACAGCGCGUUCUCGGACGUGAGGGACAGCGUGCACAGCACGCCGACGCGGGAGAAGGACAAACCCGUGUUCAGCCGGAGUACGGCAUCGGAGCCACACCUCUCACCCGAGAUUGUCCAGCCUAAUCGCUUUGGGCGGCUGGCCCGGCAGACUUCUGCACAGAGCUUGCCGUCUGAUCCGAGAAAGCGGGAUGAUGUCGUCGAGGAGGAUCGAAUGAGUAUAGACAGCCCGCGACGGCAACGUGUUUCCUCAGAUGUUCAGCGGUAUUCCUCGCUAGUAUAG